AUGCCGUCCUUAGCGGCAGAUGAGAAGCUGUUGGCGGAAGGGGGUGCAGAAUCGGAAUCGGAUCCUGCUGCCAUUUUGUUGAAAUUGGGCUAUGCCCCUCCCGAUUUCAGUCUGAUUUCCAAACCUAGUGACAAGAAGUCAAAAUCGAUUUUUAUCUUACAUUGUUACCCAGUUCCUCCCCCAUCGUCGCUAGUCGCUACCUCCUUACCUUGCUCAGUCGCCGCCCGUUUGUCUCGCCAUUCACUACCGCAGCAGCUGUCACCGGAAAUCAGCUUCUUGAAAUUGGUCUCGCCAUUCACUACCCUUCUAUCACUUGAACCUGUUGUUGCAUCUGGCGUUCCAUGUUGUAGAUGUGCUCCUUAUGAUUUCAUUGGCCUUCCACACAAGGAGGAACUCGAGGUGAAGCUAUGUCACAUAUUAUAUCAUGUCCCUAUUCGUGUCAAUAAUAACUUCAGUAGUUCUGCUGGUUCUAGCUUCGACGACUUUUAUCAGGUAACAGUUGAAUCUGUAGAAAAGGGUAUACGAGUAAACCUCUACUCAGAAAGAAGCUGUUCAGUCAUAACAUGCAUUGCAACUCAAACCCUUUUUUUAGUUUUUUAUAAACCAAGGCCAUCUUUCAUCAGUCAUCAUCUGGGACUAAUUCACACUCCUUUUAGAGCUUGCAAACUGAAGAGGUGUAAAAGGAAAUCCAUAGUUUUCUACAGGCUGCAAAAUGGUUGUGGAUGCACCAGAGAUUCUGAACGUGAUUGGAAAGAUUCCAUUUUUAUCAGAAUUUAUGAACUCUCUGUACGAGUGUCAAAACAAAUCAUUAUUCUUUGCUUUUGCUGGGAUCACUGA